AUUUCGGGGGGGUGAGUACGAACGCACUCUUUUGUUCCGCUUCGGAAUGGCCGCUGUUUUUUUCUCAGUGUUUUCUUUUUUUCCUCGGCGCAUAUUCAACACGGGAACGGGUUUGUCUGCCGUGUUGCAGUUAGUUUGCACCCUGUGUGCCGCAAGUGGCCGCUAAGCUCGGGAAAACAAAUCCACCCAACGGCGGUCUUCCCUUCUGGUGUCCGCUGCCCGACGGCGUUCCGCUGGCUGCAGUAGAGGUUUCCUCCUCCCGGUCCACCUCACGGCUGAUGGGUCGGUCCGUGUACGACAGCCGCUCUGCCCAGGGCCUACACUCCGCUAGCUCUGCUGAAAGCUAAACGCUGGAUCAACAACAGAUUCCAAGGAUUCUAAAAUCUAUGAAGAUCAUUGAAGCCUGAAAUAACUUGCAUCUGAAGUUCCAGGGAUUGUAUGCUGUUCAAACACUAAAGCAUGUGGCCCAUGGGUGCCAUAGUCCAGCUACUUCAAAGGAUUUUUUCUCCCAUGGCAUUUUAACAGAAUAUCUCAAAAACUUGGGGUCACAAGUCUUUUUUUUAAUAUUUUUUAAAGGAGAAAUCAUAACUGCGUGGGUCUGUACAGGGAUGUUUCCUUUAAGGGCCUUCUUGGCUGACCGUCUCCUUUCCCUGAAAAAGUAACCUGACAAUAGAGACUCCCAUGUGCAACUCUGCUGGAGACUCGAUAGCGUCGACAUGAGUAGUACUUUAGGCAAAGAAAAAGAUUUGAAAGAAAAGGACCCCAAAGGUGGUCCAGCGGGGAAAGAAAGGGAAAAGGAGGCCAGGGCUCUAGCCGGCUUAGUCAAGGAUGGGGGCAAAGAAACCAAGACCAAAGGGAAAGACCCCAAAGAAGGAAAGAAGGACACCAGCAGCUCCACGCCGGGCGUUGCCUUCUCCGUCGACAACACGAUAAAGCGGCCGAACCCGGCCGCCGGUACGCGCAAGAAGUCCAGCAACGCUGAUGUGAUCAAAGAGCUCAACAAGUGCCGGGAGGAGAACUCAAUGAGACUGGACCUAUCGAAGCGGUCCAUUCACAUCCUGCCCAGCUCCAUCAAGGAGCUCACGCAGCUGGCUGAACUCUACCUAUACAGCAACAAGCUGCAGAGCCUGCCGGCAGAGGUUGGCUGCCUGUCGGGGCUGGUCACUUUAGCCCUGAGCGAGAACUCCCUGACCAGCUUGCCCGACUCCCUGGACUCUCUUAAGAAGCUCCGGAUGCUCGACCUCCGGCACAAUAAGCUGAGGGAGAUACCGGCUGUCGUCUACCGGCUGACGUCUCUUACCACGCUGUACUUGCGCUUCAACCGCAUCACGGCGGUGGAGAGGGACAUCCGAAACUUGUCUAAGCUCACUAUGCUCAGCAUCCGGGAGAACAAGAUCAAACAGCUGCCUGCAGAGAUUGGGGAGCUAUGCAACCUCAUAACUCUGGAUGUGGCCCAUAACCAGCUGGAGCACCUACCCAAGGAGAUUGGGAAUUGCACACAGAUAACCAACCUCGACUUGCAGCACAAUGAGCUCUUGGACCUCCCAGAGACUAUAGGCAACCUGGCAAGCAUAAAUCGCUUAGGUCUUCGAUACAAUAGAUUGUCGGCCAUCCCUCGAUCGUUAGCCAAAUGUCGAGAGCUUGAGGAGCUGAACCUGGAAAACAACAACAUUUCAGUGUUGCCAGAGGGUUUACUGUCAAGUUUGGUGAAUCUGACAAGUCUGACAUUGGCGAGGAACUGCUUCCAAUCGUACCCCGUGGGUGGACCGUCCCAGUUCUCCACCAUCUAUUCCCUCAACAUGGAGCACAACCGCAUCAACAAGAUCCCCUUUGGCAUCUUUUCCAGGGCCAAAGUGUUGAGCAAGCUCAACAUGAAGGACAACCAGUUAACGUCUCUGCCGUUGGACUUUGGCACAUGGACCAGCAUGGUUGAGCUUAACCUGGCAACCAAUCAGCUGACGAAGAUCCCCGAGGACGUGUGUGGUUUGGUCUCUCUGGAGGUGUUAAUUCUAUCCAAUAAUCUUCUCAAGAAGUUACCACACGGUAUUGGAAACUUGAGAAAGCUGCGGGAGCUCGACUUGGAGGAAAACAAGUUGGAGAGUCUACCUAAUGAAAUUGCUUAUCUGAAAGAUGUCCAGAAAUUGGUGUUGACAAAUAAUCAGCUGACCACGUUACCCAGAGGCAUCGGCCACCUCACCAACCUGACUCAUCUGGGUUUGGGGGAGAACCUGCUCCAGCACCUCCCAGAGGAGAUUGGUACGCUGGAGAACCUGGAGGAACUGUACCUCAACGACAAUCCCAACCUGCACAGCCUACCGUUCGAGCUGGCCCUCUGCAGCAAGCUGUCCAUCAUGAGCAUCGAGAACUGUCCCCUCAGCCACCUGCCGCCGCAGAUCGUGGCGGGGGGGCCCUCCUUCAUCAUCCAGUUCCUGAAGAUGCAGGGACCGUACCGUGCCAUGGUCUGAGCCGCUCUAAACCGUCUCGCCUGCCUGUCCCCAUUAGGUGUGUCGUGCACUGUAAAGAAAACGGACUCGCCACAAUCAGUGGCUACGAGAAGAGGAGGAGGAGGAGGAGGAAGAGAAUGUUUAUUUCAUCAUCCUUGAAUAGAAAAAUUAUUGGGGAUUUUGACUGAGUUACCCCGGAGUGGAACUCUGCCCCCCCCCCCCCUCCCUGCCCCUUUUUCAUUCUGAAUCAUACAAGAGGAAAAUAUUUCCAUCUCUUUGCCAAAACUGAAGAUAUAUAACGUUAUAUAUAUUGAGUAACUGUGAGCUAAGUGGCAAGUCUUUUAACCAUAUAAACUGUACUCCCAUUGCCAAUAUAUUUACAGUAAUUACAAGCAUCUAUUAUGUGAGCAAGGAUACAAUUGUAUGCAAAAAAACAAACAAUUUUUGGAACUUCACAUUUACUGCUGCUGCCGGGAUUUUAACUUUGUCAUUUUGUUGUAUUUUCUUUUGAUAUUCACUUUCUUUAACAUCACCUUUGCUCACGAUAACUUAUGUUACUGCUUGUUGACCACAGUGAACAAAGGUCUAAUGAUGGCUUGUUUAUACUUUCUUUUCUUUUACAUUUUUUAUGUUUAAAUACUGUGCCUAUAUUUAGAGUGAUCCAGUGGUUCAUUUCUAAACACAAUUGUCUAUGAGAAUACAAAGAUAUAAAUUAUUUCAAAACUUUUUUUUUUUAUCAUUACUGCAGUUUAAGUUUCUUCUUCUUCUCCUCCUGCGAUAUCAGUUGUAAAAUAAGGUAGUUGGUGAACUGAGAGCUUUUUAACAAAUGGCAGCAGUAUUUGUUAAACAUUGCGCUAGUAAUGUAUACAUAUGAAAUAUGCCAAUCACACACGCUCACUAAAAAGCAAGGUGGACUUGUCUCUGAAAUGGUAGGUGCAGCCCCCUCCCCCCCCCCCCCCCUCUAUAUUGCUUUUGUGUGAAGAAAAAAAAAAAAGAGAAAAGUCAAACCUACACAGGUGAUGGGAUACAUGAUGAUGAUGUUUUUAUAUGUGUAUACAAAUCCUGGUGGUUGCCUUCAGUGCAAUUUUAGUUCUGUUUACUUGUUUGAUAUUAUCUUCAGUGUUGGGCUGCAUAGCUGUCAUUCAAUUGAUCUUUCGAUUGACCAACAUAUCAAGCAUAUUUUUGAAAGACGUGAUCUUGGUCUCUGGAGCAGGUGAGUUGUUUUGGAGCUUCGAAUGAGGUUUGAUAUUAAAUCAUCGACAGGUAACACUUCCUUACUUGGUUUAAUAUUUUUUUGUUUUGACAUGUUUCCUAAGAAUCAUAAUCACAUGAUGGAAAAUGUUCACUUUAUUUAGAUCAACACUUUCCAUAUAUAAAUAUGUGUAUGUUUGGAUACAUGUAUGUGUAUAUAUAUAUAUGGUUUCUCCUUCCCCCCCCCCCCCCCCCCCCCCCAUUUGUCCCACACUGUCCCAGCAAUGCUGCUGCUCUUAUGCACUUUUACAACAGAUACAUUGGCAUCCUCUAUAUUAAAUAAAUACACACCGUAGCCUUUUAUUGGUUAUUUUAAAAUGGGACAUUUUGUUUCAUUAAGUAUUUUAUCAGUUAAACCAACCGUUAACAUGUCAAUUUGAAUCAAAUAGAAAUGUGAAGUUUAGCGAGCUCCGAUUAGUGGUUUUUCUUUGGGGAAGUUGUAUCCUGUCGAUCUUAAUUAAAAGGAAUUUGCUCUCUAUUUGUAAAAGGGUUUUUGUGGCUAAGAUGUUUUUUAAAGUUCCCAUAUCCUGCUCUUAUUUGCAAGUGAAAUGGCUUUUUGCAGUUCGGAUCAGCAAUGUUCAUUUUAAACAAAUGUAUGAAGUGUUUUCUUUUUUCUAAAUGAUGAAAUGUGUAUUCAUUUAGUAUUAUUUCAAGUGACUGUACAUUAAAAAUCCCAACAAAAUGUAAUCCAAUAACUUUUUUUUUUGUUGCGUCCCAGCUCUAUAUUCAAUCAUGAUCCUUUUGGUUCGACACGUUUUUGCAGCAGCAGCUUGGUGCGUUUUAUUGAGCUGUGGUUUGGCCUGAGUGAGUGAGUGAGUGAG